AUGUGCUACUCCUUCAUUGGCUGGGGCUGGCCCAGUUCAAUCGUGACUGGUGGGUGCGAUAAGGUCUUGAGGGUCUGGGAUGGCUGGAUGAAAUGGUCAGGGUUCAAUCACUUUCGGAAAGAGGGGGUUAGGAGUAAAUCUAAAACAACGGCCACAGACGAGGGUUAG